UCAGUAUUUUUGCAAAGCAAAACAUACCCGCCCAGUGUCCCCGGGAUGAAGGGAGUACUAGAGUUUCAACAGAAGAGAACAGGGAAAUGAAGUUGUCAGGCCGGCCAGCCCAGCAACUCUCUCUUCCCAACUAGGCAGCUAGCAAGUUAGGGGACAGACGGUCACGAGUAGAGAGAUUCAUAUGAAACAUCACAGCUAUGAAGGUCGUCCAUCUGAGCAACUUUUAGCUUCGAUCGAAAUACGCUAGAUACCUCCAGCCACAAGAUCUCAGAUAACGUUACGGAUAUUUCAAAGUAAUAGCGCUACGGUGGAAAAGAAAGUGGGGACAACUUGCUAGCGCGCUAGCUAAGCUUUACCCGCCGAGCCUCCUUCCUCUUCCAAACUUCACUCGAGAUUUCAGCUUGGAUUACCAGCCUCCAGUCAUGCCUUUUCCUUUUGGGAAGUCUCAGAAGAGCCCAGGUGAAAUAGUGCGGAGUUUGAAGGAGAAUGUGGCCUACAUGGAAAAGAUGGAUGCUGGGGACAGCAAAAAAUGUGAAAAGGUCUCAGAGGAGGUGUCCAAAAACCUGGCGUCACUGAAGGAGGUACUUAGUGGAACAGGUGACAAGGAGCCUCAAACCGAAGCUGUGGCUCAGCUGGCACAAGAGCUGUACAACACCAACCUCCUUGUUGCUCUCAUUGCAAACCUGCAGAGGAUUGAUUUUGAGGGGAAAAAGGAUGUGGUUCAUCUGUUUAGUAAUAUUGUGAGACGUCAGAUUGGCAGCCGAACACCCACGGUAGAAUACAUCUCCACCCAGCAAAAGAUCCUCUUCAUGUUGCUGAAGGGAUAUGAGAGCGCAGAAGUGGCUCUGAACUGUGGGAUGAUGCUGAGAGAGUGCCUGCGUCACGAGCCUUUGGCGAGGACGGUGCUCUUCUCUGAAGACUUCUACUGCUUCUUCGGUUAUGUGGAGCUCUCAACCUUUGACAUCGCCUCAGACGCUUUCGCCUCAUUCAAGGACCUCCUCACAAGACACAAGAUUAUGUGUGCAGAUUUCCUGGAGAACAAUUAUGACAGGGUGUUUACAGAAUACGAGAAGCUCCUGCAUUCUGAGAACUACGUCACCAAGCGACAGUCUUUGAAGCUCCUUGGGGAACUUCUGCUGGAUCGACACAACUUCACGGUCAUGACUAAAUACAUCAGUCGUGCUGAGAACUUGAAGCUGAUGAUGAACCUGCUAAGAGACAACAGUCGAAACAUCCAGUUUGAAGCAUUCCAUGUGUUCAAGGUAUUUGUUGCAAACCCAAACAAGACUCAGCCCGUGCUCGACAUCCUGCUGAAGAACCAGACCAAACUCGUGGAGUUCCUGGGUCACUUCCAGACCGACCGAUCGGAGGAUGAGCAGUUCUGCGACGAGAAGAACUAUCUGAUUAAGCAGAUCCGGGAUCUGAAGAGGCCCGUAGCAACGGAGGAAGCUUGAGGCGGCAUGGAGGACCGCUCCCGUCAGGUGGUAGAUGUACAGGUGGUGGCUGCACAGGGCUAAGAGAGUCUAAAAGACAUGCUUCAUUAAAAUGUAAUUAACUACAAAAUAUAGGGGAGAUAAAGCAAAGAUUACUUCCUUCUUUUUCUGGGUUUUUUUUUUUGUUUGUGAGGUGAUUUCCAUCCAGCAACUUGGGUGUGGGCCAAGAACUGUUAUUUAAACCAUAGUGCUUCUUUUUUGGUGAUAAUGAAAUGCAUUUUAGUCCAUUCUUGUAUUAUUGAACCUUAAACUGUUCCCUUUUCACCUACAUUGUCGCUGACAAGAGACCGUAGAAUGACAAAAACCGCCCCCUCCUCCCCCACCAACCCUUUCACAGCCAAUGUGUGUUCUUGGAAGGCUUUCUCUGACAUGUCUAUAUUUAAUUUUAGAGAUUGUAUCUUCAUGGUAAACCUAUUAAGACAGUAACUCCUUCUCUCCGAACAAUGAUUAGUCAAACUACUAGCAUAGGUUUGAUUUAUUGCCUUAUUCUAAAGCUAUAGUUUUGCACAGGGACUUGAAUGAUCUUCGGAAUUACGGCUUUAGCAUGCGAGACAUGUGGCUCAUGUUGGCCCGGUCGGUACAUAAUCAUUUUUGGUCAUUAAUGUGUAGGCAGUAGGCCUUUUGGUUGCAUUGUGUGAUGUUUCAGAGGCCACAAAUGACCCUGCAGUGCUGUACUCACGGAUACAUUAGCUGACACAGGAAGGGGAAAUCAAAACCAUGAAAUAAUCAAUUAUUCGCGCUGUUAUUUUUUUUUUUUUAGGCCGCGCUCAGUAAGGCUUACAUGACUGAAAUAGAAGCAAGGCAUCCGAUAACGCUGCAGGGUACCAGCCAUCCGCUCACCGCAAUUGAUCUUGUCCUCACACACAAAGCACGGAUGGAAAUCAUUCAUUUGAAACACUGAUUUAGUCAACAAUUCAGUCAUGGAGAUUUAAACAACCUGAUACACGCCGUUUUUGGCAUUUCAGCUUUACAACAUAAGCACUGCAUAACGCUAGGAAGGCAGUUUACACAGAGGUGUCGCCCAUGUGGAUGCAUCAUCAUGAAUGUGGCACUGUACAUCUAUCAUUAGAGCAUUUAAGAUCAGCACAAAUACCUAAAGAGACUUCGUAAAAAACUUCGUUUUUUUUUUUACUGAAUAAGUUCCCUCAUUUGGUUUUUAUUCCACGUCUCAAUCAGUUGGGUAUUCAGUAGGUAAUGGACAUUUGAUAUGACGAACUAGAUCACCUUGACGUCAUGUCAAGAAUAACACUCAUCCAUGCAGUUGUUGAAUUCCAAGUAUUUUGGUCUGAUUUUAUAAUGACUCAUUUUGAUGAAAUUAACUAACAGGCGUUUUGAUGCAUCAGCAAGCACAGCCUAUCCGAUGUCAACAUGUAACCACGCGCAUGUUUGUGAAACAAGAGUUUGUUUUUGCUGCAGAGCACGGAGUUCCUUGCGUGCGUCACCGUUUAGUUACAUUUCUAAAAAAUAAAUAAUUGCCUUACUUCAGCCAUUGUCACUCAAAGGACAGCUUAGGGAUUCCAAAAUAUGUUUUCUGAGCGCACAGUCUUCUGGUGUAUACCUCAUGGAAUUUGAGUUUGCAAAUGCUGUGUUCUCUUGCUCGUUUUUUUUUUCUUGGACAAGAUCAGUUUUAUUUGACUGUUUAAAACACACAGCAGAUGUUUGAAUGCAUGCCGGAAUUUGACAAAAGUGUAUGUUCAAACUUGGGACUGGGACCUGGUUUCCACAAUGGAAAACUAGAUUUUUGAACUGAAAUAUUUCAUUGGGUGGUGCCACACAAACGUUAAUUCAUAAUGAAUUGCAGUGUGCUACCUUGUAGUGAACGUUGCCUUAUUUAAAGACCUUUAACGGAUCAUAAUGAUUAAGUGAAAUUCCACACCUUUUUUUUUUUUUUUUUUUAAACCAAAGUCAAAACAGGUGAAGAUGCACUUUUAAAGUCCCAAAUGGAAUUCAAGUUAAUUUCUCAGAUCCACAUCGAGUGUAGUGUAGCUCUAUGCAUUAUGCUCUGAGGUGAUCCUGUGAGUGGAAUUAUAUAUUUUAAAAGACUACUCGGAAGGUAACGGCUUCUGUUUUUUUAUUUUAAAUCCUUAUUUUGCACACUGCACCAGGUAGUGACAAGGUUAUCAUCAGGCCUUGACAGAUCAAAAAAAAAUCAUUUGGGGACUGCUGUGAAUGUGGUACAUUAUGCACAAAAAGACUUAAGUCCUGCACACAGUGCACCAUCAUGUCACCAGUUAAUGAGAGAAAAUUGGUCUGAAAGUGUGUUUGAGUUUCUUUAACAUCCUGUCCGUGAUCAACUCCUUUUUGAUUAUUUAAUGUGAAAACGAUGUCAAUGCAUCACACUCACCCCAUUUACAAAAGAGUAAUUUAAUAUAUAUUUCUAUAUACAUGAGCACAAGGAAACGUACAGCUUGCUAACCAACUUGAAUAAUAGGCUCCAAUAGUAUUCAAGAUUUCUGACUGUUGUGUAAAAGAAAAUAACAUUUACUUAAAAAUACAAAUCCUUCAUAGUAUGAUUUAAAUUGAGCCCAGUCAUGAUGGGCUGCCCAGUCGUCCCAUCAGGGGGAGCUAGUGGCAUCAAUGGGUCCAAUUGUAAAAGUUGUACCAACAAAACAUUUUUCUUUCUAUAACCCUUCCUCUAAUUAUAAGUUUAUAAGUCACUGGCGAUAUUAUGUAGACGUCAAUACAAAUUCCUUAAGAUUAGUACUAUAUAUUUCAUGAUUUAGAGUUGUCUGUUUAAAUGUGUUUUGCUUUACUUUUUUACUCUGCCUUCCUUUUUCUUUUUUUUUUCCUACCCUUCUCGACGUUCUGGAUAUUCUCUUUAUUUACCAUGGGAGCGAAUCAUGUGUACAUAACUUUAUAAAGGAUACAAGUGUGAAAGCAUUCAUGAAAAUAAAAAACUUUAUGGCAAAUUUA